AGCUCUCUGAGAUGUCUUCACUCUUCGCGGCAGUGUUCUUGGCGUGCGCCUGCCUGGCGGCGUCACAGGGUCUUGGCGGUUUCGGCGGUUGGCAGACGCAGGACCCACAAUCCGACGAGCUGUAUCUCGAACUAGCUCAUAAUGCUGUGUCCUCUCAAGCCGCAGGACAAGAGUAUUACGACACCGUUGUUGAGCUCCUCGAGGUGCAAACUCAGGUUGUAGCUGGAACUAACUACAAAGUGAAGUUUGUGGCGGCGCCAUCCAAUUGCAAAGUUGGUGUACACCAAUAUAGCAAGGAACGUUGUCUUCCUAAAAGUGAAGCGCCCACUAAGGUUUGCGUCGCGCGCUUCAGCGAAGAUUUGCGGGGCAGGGAACGAUUCCUCUUUUCGUACUCGUGUGAUGCCUAAAGACACAAGCCAACUAGCCAGUCGUCUCUUCCCUAUAAGCGUGAAGGAGUAGGCGAACCAAUGUAGAGUUGAGCUAACCUCUCCAUAUGUGUCUUCUUUUUCGAACCAAACCACAUUUGUCUCGAUUAAAACUCCUCCUGAAACUGC